CUUGGCCUACGACGGGGACCCGCGCUUGGAGAUGCCGGCGAUCCAAAAGCAGCUUGUGGAGCAUGCGAACCACUGCAUGAAAAUCGCGUGGGAGGUCCUGGUCGCGAUGCGUCCGACAAAGCAAAACCCGCUCGAAGCUGCCAUCUUCACCAACUCGCUCGGGCUUGUCAAGCUCUACACGACGCUCCAAGAGGGCAUGCAUGACAUUCCGCCUAAGAUGGUCCAGUACUUGCUGCCAACUUCGGACAUUGACGCGAUCACUGCCGACGGUGAUUACGCUCUCUACAGUGCGGCCUCGAAUGGCUUCUUGGAGAUUGUGCAGCUUCUUGUUGAGCAUGGCGCCACCGUCGCGCCAACCAACGUGAGCGGAGAACCCCUCUUGCUUCGCGCUUGCGGCAACGGUCGUGUCUCGGUCGUCGACGCACUUCUCCGCGCCGGUGCCGACUGCAAUGUGACUGAAUCGUAUGGACACACGGCGCUGCUCGUUGCGACCGUCCAUGCGAACGUGGAGAUGCUACAGCUUCUCGCUGCUCAUGGCGCCAACGUUGCAUACGUUGACCAGACAUCGGAGCCGACCAUAUGGGAGCCGACGACAGCCAUCGCACUGGCGAGUAGCUUGGGUCAUGCGGCCGUGACAACACAGAAGGGGUCGAUGGCGCUGGCACAUGCUGUGACCCGCGGCCACGGCGAUGUCCUUCGCGCGCUCCUACCUCUUGUGGAUGUACACGCGACUAUCGUGGUCGACGCCCCGAUGAGUGAAACCGGCCCAGAUCAAGCCCUUUUGAACCUGGCGAUGACGAUGCCACUGCACGCGGUUGUCGCGUGCGAAGCCAUGGAGUCCGUCGAGGGCCAUGGUGACUAUAUGGAUGCUCUCCGUGCGCUUCUUGAGUGUCCGUCCAUCGACGUCAAUGGUCGCUCUGAGGAGGCCAAUGGGGCGACGGCCUUGUACUGUGCGUGCGAACGCGGCAACCGCAGCUUGGUGCGCGCGAUCUUCGAGCACCCGGACUGCGAUAUCAACGCGGCCGACAAUGAUGGCAACACGCCGUUGCACACGGCCUCUCGAAAGGGUUUGCCCAUCAUGGUUUCGUACUUGCUGGCGCAGCAGCCACGGAUCAACAUUCUUGCUGAAAACAAGGAGGGCAUGACGGCAUUGCAAGUCGCAAUCAUGCAUGCCAAGCGCGACGUGGUGGCACCGAUUGUGCCUUGAACCAGCGCUCGUCGUACACGCCUUGACCAAUAAGUCAAGUACGCCGCCUAGUUGAUGCUCUC